AUGCUAGAACUGGGGAUCAUCAGGCCCUCGUCGAGCCCCUGGGCAUCUCCACUUUACAUGGUCCCUAAGUCGACACCGGGAGACUGGCGCCCAUGUGGAGACUACCGGGCGCUAAACCGGGUUACGACACCAGACAGGUACCCGACAAAGCAUACCCUUGACAUCACGACGAGCCUGCCUGGUUCUACCAUCUUCUCAAAGAUAGACCUAGGAUUCACCCGUUGGGCGGAGGCCAUCCCCAUUGUGGAUAUCCCCACUGAAACGGGUGCCAGUGCCUUCCUGUACAAUUGGGUUGCCCGCUUCGGGGUGCCUUCCACGAUCACAACAGACCGUGGCCGGCAGUUCGAAUCCGCCCUCUUCACUAGCAUCACUCAGCUCAUCGCUGCCACUCGCAUACGUACAACGGCGUACCAUCCCAUGAGUAAUGGCAUGGUGGAACGCUUUCACCCUCAGCUUAAGGCAGCGCUCACAGCAACGGAAGAACACAGCUGGGUAGAGGCGCUCCCGCUCGUCCUUUUGGGCAUACGGUCCACUCUAAAAGCAGACAUUGGCUGCAGCGCCGCUGAGCUGGUCUAUGGCACGACACUCAGGCUGCCAGGGGAGUUCUUUGUGCACGGCCCAGAUGAGACACCUACAGCUUCCCGUGGUUACGCACUUCGUCUACGGGAUAUGAUGAGCAAACAUCGUGCUGUGCUCACGCGUUAUCCAGGGACGCGGGCUGUACAUGUCGACCCGCGGCUUACGUCGUGCCCAUACGUGUUUGUGCGACGUGAAGCUGUUCGGCGGCCUCUUCAACCACCAUAUGAUGGACCGUUUAAGGUCAUCCGCCGUGGGGACAAGCAUGUCAGCAUCAAUAAAUGCGGCCGCCAAGAGGUUGUGUCGCUUGACCGUGUCAAGCCAACACACAUGGACAGUGACGCCGCUGCGGUGUCUCCGCCAAGAGAGCCCCCGCCUUCACCAGGGCCCCCAGCUGCAGCACAAGCUCCAGAGGUGCUCACGUGA